CUUCUAGGAUUUCACAUCCGAAGGGUCGUUAUUGUUACGCCAGCGAAAAGGAAGCACCCGCGCACUUACAUUAGCCAGCUGCCUACGUGGCCAGCCUGCAGUAAACCGGUGAACCGAUCUGGAUUUGGUGUGGGUGUCGUUUUGUCGUCUUGCCCUUUUGCCCUUUUGCCGUUUGGCCCUUCUGCGACUGUCAUCGCCUGAUCGCAUCCCCGAAACCAUGCUGGAGCUUCAUGUCUGGGGCUCGGCGUUUGGCCUUCCGUCCUUCGACCCGGAGUGCCUCGCCCUCAUCACAUACCUGCACAACAGCCUUCCCGUCGCGGAAUGGCGCCUGGUCCCCAGUAACGAUCCGUCCAUCAGCCCAUCUAAUACUCUCCCCGCACUCCAUCAUGAUGGUGCCUGGACAAGUGGCUACUGGUCCAUAGUCGCCUACAUUGUCUCCAACUCCCUUUGCGCCGAGUUGGAUGCCAACUUGACUCCUCUUCAGCACGCCGACCGCGUCGCUUACGGGGCCUUCCUCGCAGCCCAUGCUGCCCCCUUGCUGGAUCUCUCUCUGUAUGUGUCGGCCGCAAACUGGGCGGCCGCCACUCGCCCGGCGUUUAGUGCGCUGCUGCCGUUUCCUCUGACAUGGACUGUCCCGCCACUCAUACGCGCAGAGGCGGUCAAACGUGUUGAGCACCUAGGCUUCGCCGACAUGGACAGCGACUUCGAUCCCAACGGGUCUCUGCACCUGUCUGCGGGGAGGGAUGCCCUCCCUGAGACCUUCCGCCGGCAUCUUCCUGCGCGGACAAAGAAGACGGUCCAGGAGGAGAUGACCCCCGAGCAGGCCGUGGCCAUCAGACUGUACGGGUUAACCGAAGAUUGCUUGUCUGUGUUGGACGACUUCAUGAAAAGCUCUGAUGACGAGAAGCCAAUGGGCUUCUUCGAGACUGAGAAGCCUACGUCACUAGAUUGUCUGGCAUAUGGUUAUCUGGUUCUCAUGCGUGAUGCCCCUGUGCCUCGGUCCUUCCUGAAAGAUUGGAUAGUGACGAAGGCGCCGCGGUUAUCCAAGUUUGUCGACGGCAUGAAAUCCAGGUCGCUCGCAAACACCGAGAGUCUCCCUUGGGUGGAAUCUCAGCAUACUACAGCCUUCCGUGUGGGUGCUCGUACCCUCGACUCCAUUAUCCUCAACGCUCCAAGCAUCGGCGAGGAGUAUGCAAAUGAAAAGAGGCGGCGAGCCGAGGGGGGCGUCACAGGUGUCGAUGGGAGAACGUUGAUGCUGGCUAUGAGCCUCAUGGUUACGGGUGCGGCUAUGGGUUUCGGUUUGCAAUUGUACAAAUCGCUGCAACCAUUUGGGGCCCGCACGCAAGUCUGGCGGACGGAGAGGAAUAAAUCAAAGUUGAGCCAGUUCGGAGAACUCGGUUCGAUGUUGGGCAGUGCCUUGGGAGAGUAUCAAGCUCCCAGGAGAGGCCCAGGCCUGGCCUCGGGUGAACACCGGUUUGUUGAGACAGACACGGAUGUUGACUGAGGAGUUGAAAACUCAAUCUGUAAUAUCACUGUUCAUGUUAUCUGGAUAGACAAAAUCUCAUGGACCACCAACGACGAAUAAGACGCU